AUGGCCUUUCUGCUGCUGCUGGCUGCCGCUGCUGGCUGCGGGCUGCUGGCUGCUGGCUGCGACGGCUACCUCCUAGAGAGAGCUGCUGCUGCUGCUCGGUGGUCGGAGCUGUCGGUGCUGCUAGUACUGCUCGAUGCCGCGUCGGCACGGUUGCAAGGCAAGACUGCAGGCAGGCAGACGGACAGACAGGCUGGCAGGCAGGCAAUUCCUCGUGGGCGAGAGAAGUUUGGCUCGAGUGCGCCCGCUGUUAAAAAUGCAUGGGCCACGGGUGGAGUGGCUUGGACAAGGAAGGCCGAUGAUCUUGUCUGUGUCUGUGCAGGGCAAACCUUGGGCCGCGACGAGAUCUCGUGGGCCACUGGCGCCAGCGAUAUCUGGCCUCGAUAUACAGUGCUGGUCAGUGGUCAAGUGGUCAGUGGUCCCUGCCGGGCGAGCGAUGAGGAGCAGCGGCCAACAAGAACGCACGAGGGAGAACAGCGAGUGAACCGCUGGCGCACUGAGGACAUGACAGGCCCGGAAGUGCGAGGCGGUCGCGCGAAAACAGCCACACCGAAAACGCGAUCAUCCAGUGUGGUCGAUGCCCGCUCCCAGUUCGCAGCGUCAGGAUAA